AUGCCCACCAACAGUGCUCGAUUGCCCAAGCCGCCGCGAGACGACUCAGCAAAGCAAUGUCUGCCGAAACUCGCUGCAGGACACGGCCCAGCAGAUGCAGUAUCCGAUGAGCCAGGAACAGCCAACAGAAGCAGGACAACGACCGUAGCCGACCAGCAUCACAGCCAACAUGGCAAAAAGACAGGAACAGACGACAGCCGUGCGGACGACAGCAGGACUGACGGUCUACGGACAAUGAGAACCAGCUUGUCAUCAUUGACUUGCCUACUCGUCUGUCAAACACGGCCGUUGACUCGGCUCCGAGAGCACAGCCCUACUGUAACGGACGACAAUCCCGGCCAAGAUCAGCAAAGCGCUUGUUUUCGACCUGUCUGA